AUGAUAAUGAGUAUUCGUAUGUGUGAAUGGUAUACAUGGUGGUAUCAAUUAGAAGUUGAUCCAUACUUUAUCAGUGGAAAGAAAGCCAAUGCUAAUGCAGGUGAAGUUAAAUCAUUGAGAGAAAGACUACAUAUUACUUACAAAAAAGGGAUUAAUAAUAUUGCAACGGGUGCAUUGAAAGCUAAAGCAGACGACAUCAAGGAAUUCUAUAAAAACGGUCACCUAUUGUUAAAGAGUGAUUCGUGGUGGUAUCCAGUCAAACUUUUAAUUCAUCCAGAACAAAAGAGACCUGUUGACACAUCGUAUCAGAAUAGUUCCUUUCCUUGCAACCCACUCGAGCUUCCAGACCUUGACCACGCCUAUCGUGUAGAUGCUGCCUAUUUCUACCCCGCUCAGAGCCAAGAUUUCAUGGAAGGAUACCGUGAUUUCCCAGAGAGUAUUGAACCAGUAUCUGGAUGCUAUGGUCUCUAUCCAACACCAGGUUCCAAUCUUCCAGUCGCUAUCAAGGGUGGCAAGAGAAAGCUGCAAGUUCGUGUUUUGACUGCCAGUCCAUUGACCAAAACCACUAUGCAAUGCAGUCUCCCAAGAAUUUACUGUCAGUCAGCUAGUAGUCGAGCAACAAUGAACAGAACUAUUUGUGAAGAAAUUCGUGUCGUCGAUGAUACAUACAAACAUAGCGGAUUUGCGAUGAGUCAGCUGAUGCACACUGACUGGGUAGACCUUGAUUUCAGUGGCUGCGACCUCAACAUCGAAAAAUUCUAUGAAGAAAGAGUAUUGUUUGUUGAAUUCAUCGUUCAUGACAAGUCUGACCAAAAACCAUUGACCAACAUCACUCCACUACCCUGA